CCUAAACAUUUAAAAUCGCGAUGAGCUGCGUCGAUCAGUGCUAAAAAUGAGUUCUGAUUUUAUUUUCUCGGACAAUCUUCUAUACAAUUCUGAUAUUUGCCGUUUGUGCGGUGAAAAAAAUUCCAACGGAGAGCUACUGUUCAACGAGGAAGACGAGAAUGCUUUAGGUUUUCUUGUAAAUAAAUAUUUGCCCGUGAAGGUCAAAGAUGACGGCAAGCUACCUAGAACAAUUUGCCCUGGAUGCAACAUCCAGGUACAAGCUACCAUACAGUUCUUUGAACUCCUCGUGGCCGGCCAACAGAAAAUCAGGUCUCUGUUUGCAGAGCAGCGGGAGCAAGAGAAAAAAAUGGCCAUCGGAAUAGCCAAUAUUCCGGAAGUUGAAGGAGAGGAUGGAAAAUUGUACAUGAUGAUUACUGUACCAAGCGAAAAGGAAACAAUGUACCCUGACGAUGAUCCUAUUUCAUUAAAAAUGGAAGGACUAGAUAGGCCAAGGAAGAAACGAGGGCGGCCAAGGAAGCAAGAGCCUGAAGCGGUUCCACAAGAAAAAGCUCCUAUUACUACAGUUGAGCCAGAGGCAGAGGUUGAUGCUGAUGGCCGAAUUAAGAGAAAGCGAAAAAUUCCACAGAGAUUUUUGGAGUCGGUUGCUGGUUCUGAAUUGGAGCGAGUCUUCAAGGAGCAAGGAGUAAUUGAUGAUGACGACAGAGAACGCAUAUUUGUUGAUGGUCUUUCAUCUGCUGAGAAAGUAACUCAAGUUAUUGGACGAACUGUCAACCAAGAUGGUGAAGAUCUUGGUGGAGUGAUAGUUCUGACAAAAUCAAAAGGUCUGUCAGAGGAUCGCCAAAGCUUCAGGCCCAAGAAAAAGCUUUUCACUUGCAGCAUUUGCCAAAAGUCUUUUGCAAAACGAAAGCUUUUUCAAAUUCACAGAAUUCAGGAUCAUAGCUGGAAAUUCGAGUGUGAGGUUUGCAAGGAACACUUCCUUGAUGAGGAGUCGGUUCGUUCUCAUCAAGCCUUGUCAAGUCAUGAAGGCGUCAUCAAUCUUGAUGACAAAAUUGAUGAGCUUGAUGAUGAGAUUUUGGAUCCACUAGACUUUUUGUCGGUUGAAACAUCAGUUGAUCCAAAUUCUGCAGGAGAUCAGGUAUUUGUUUGCCCAGCAUGCCAGGUGUCAUUCAUGUCCGCUGAUCUUCUAUUGGCUCACAUGAAGUCAGAGCAUGAAGGUCUGAAACCUUUCAAAUGUAGCCAAUGUGUCAAAGCGUUUGCCUUCCCUAAGAGUCUAGCAAGACACUUGGAACUCUCUCACGGAGUUAAAGAUUCCAGCCUGGACAAAUUCAACGAAAAGCAAGAUUCGAUUUGUAAAGUUUGCGAUAAGAAGUUCAACAGCCUGAGCUCUCUGUUUUAUCACAAAGAAAAAGAACACGGUCCUGGCAUUCUAUUUGCCUGCAAUAAGUGUGACAAGUCUUUCAAACACAGACAGCUGCUUCAGAGGCAUCAACUUGUUCACACAGAAGAAAGACCAUAUGUUUGCACUGUUUGCACAACGUCGUUCAAGACAAAGCCAAAUCUUACCAGUCACAUGGUUAUUCACACGGGAGAGAAGAAAUUCUUUUGUGACCGCUGUGGGCAGCAAUUCGCACACAAGACGAGCCUUGUCCUCCAUCACCGCUGGCACAAUGGCGAAAAACCAUAUCAGUGCAAAUACUGCAAAAAGGCUUUCUCUCAAAAUGGAAAUCUGCGAGAGCACAUGCGCAUUCACACAGGGGAAAAGCCAUUCUUUUGCAAUUUUUGUGGCCGCAGCUUCACCACCUCGUCUCAGUUUAAACUUCACAUUAAAAGGCACACUGGUGAGCGUCCGUGGAAAUGUGAAUUCUGCUCAAAAACCUUCCUUCACAAAGACACUUGGAAGUGUCACGUCCGUCGCCACAAAGGAGAGAAACCAUACGCAUGCGACUACUGUCAGCGUGGCUUCACUGAACACUGGGCUCUUCGAAAGCAUUUACGGAUCCACACAGGCGAGAAACCGUACGUGUGCGAAAUAUGCAACAAGGCGUUUGCUGACUGCUCAAACUUAAACAAGCACAAAAAGGUUCACCGAGGCUUGCCUGAGAGUGGAGCCAAGUCUGAAGCUGAAGAAGGAAGCGUUGUCCUGCAACUGGUUGGAGAGGAAGAUGAAAACGGAACUCUUCCUGUGAUUUAUGUUUCAUACAACCAGCAAGCAGCAGCUGAAGAUGUUGAUAAUCACGAAAACCAACCAGAACUUGUUACAUCAGCGGGAUCCGUUCUUCGGCAGAUCACAAAUGUUGAGCAGACUGGAUUGGUUCUUGGCACUGUAGAUGGGCAAGAGGUUAUCUUGAAUACACUCGGUGGAGAGCUUCCUAUGGUUGUUCCAGCGCAGUCUCAAUUGCAGCUUCCUGAGGGGAUUGAUGCUACUGGUGCCACUCUACAGAUGCAGGCUGGAGAAGACGGGGUGAGAUUACCAGUGACUCUGGCAGUUGAAGAUGGCCAACUGGUGGCGCACAUUCCGACUUCAUCUGACUUUAUGAAGGAAAAGGAGAGUUCUAAAAGUAGCAAAGGUGCCAUGAAAGACGUCCCCCCUGUGCAGUUCCAGUUAGUCACAGAAGAUGGAAGAGCCGUACAACUGAUAUCCAACGCAACUGACGCAUCAGCAGCGUUUAGCAUUGACUUCAGUGAAGAGUCUUAACUGAUGUAAUGCUCCAAAAUGUGAAAUUUUAUGUACAUAAAUAAAUAUAUGUCUGGAGAGCAUAUUUGUUUGUUCUUCAAAUCCAAUUUAACUUGUA